AUGGGAUAUGCUGUGAGAGAUGAAUCAUCUCGUGUGGAGAAGCGCUCAAGUUCUGCGGCACUCAAAUUUACCGUAGUAUACACAGAAAAUUUUAAUCGACUGAAAAAUAGUAGUAUAAUAAAGGCAAAAAUAAUUCAACGUGCUAUUGAUUUCUGGCAAAAGACUUUAACAGUUAAAGACACUUCAAAUGGUAAAAUUCUUGUUCAAAGGUUCUGUGAUGGUGGGACGUAUAAUCAGCUUGUAAAUGGUACGAUUUUUUGCUGGCAAACACAAUGUCGUCAAACUGAAAAAUGCGGUGAUUUUAAAAUACCAACUCAAUAUUUGACUGAGUGUCUGAAAAUGAAUAAUAGGAACGAAUUGACGACAGUUUACCAGAAGGGUGAAGGAUUAGAAGCACAUGGUUAUUUGCUGUUUGUCGACAGUCAGAAUACAGGAAGCUGCAUUUAUCCAAGUACCAAUGCUUACGCUAGCGCAUGUCAAAUGGAUCCGGUAACAGAUAGUAAAACGACAGUUAAACAAAUAACACGCAAAUGGGUUAGUGCAGCUGGGACAUUUAACAAGACAUUCCCUGCACUUGUUACAGAAAACAUUAUUAAAGAAGCAAAGAGUCAUUUUCAGUGUCAAUCUGUAGAUGGUGUUGAUUUGGAAAACGAAGGCUCUUCCGGUUCCUAUGGCUCACAUUUAGAAGGCAGAGUAUAUUCGAUGGAGCUGAUGGCUGCUUCCUCCGAAGUGGAAGCCUUUGCAUCAAGAGUAACACUUGCAUAUUUUGUGGAUUCAGGGUGGUACACCGUAAACUUUAAAUUGGCAGACAAAUGGAAUUAUGCUAAGGGAUAUGGCUGUGGAUUUGCUUUAGGCAGCUGUUACCAUUUCGCUUCCCAGAAAAGAAAAAGACAUGAAAGUAUUAAGCCCUAUUGUGAUGAACCGAAUGUUGUUGCAUGCAGAGAUCUAUAUACAUACGGUCUUUGUGAUGUGUAUCCAUACCCACUACCUCUGCCACCUGCAGAUCAAUUUUUUGGUCCUGAAGCAGGUAGAAAUUAUAACCGAUUGGGAGGAAGUAAUGUGUUUAAAGAUAAAUGUCCAACAUUAUCGUACACGUGCAAACCCGGUGGUGAUAUUGAUAUAGACUUCAGUGGACAAACUGUUACAUGCAAGAAAGAUGAAAAAGACAAAACUGGUAAAUUUGUUUUGGACGGUAAAACGUAUGAAGUGAAAAUAAGAUGUCCUAAUUCAAAGGUAUUAUGCAAGUCCUCAAUUUCUACAAUUGCUUUAAUGCUACUUCGUAUCAUUUCUUCAGCUGACUAG